AUGCCAAAUUCCCUCCACCUUUGUUGUGUUGGUUAUUGCUUCCCUCACCAGCUCUGUUCAUCCCUGUGUUACGCGCAUUGCAAUGAUGCAGGUCCAUACGAAGGCUCAUACUACCACGAGCGCUUUCUCCGAGUACGUCCGUCCUUGACAAUAAGCAUGUCGUCGAAAAAUGCAGGACAAAAACUGGAAUAUUCACGGAAACGAAGACAGCAAGAAAAAGAGAAACGAAAACGGGGAGGGGCACAAUCGACUGACCAGUCGAGUAGCCAGCCAGGUGAAUUCUCUCCUGCGAAGAAGCAAAAGAAACGAGCCAGUCCCACCGGAGCCAUCAAAAAGUCCGCUAGUAACCAAGAGCAGCAUGCUUCAAAUCUUCAAAUGACGACAGCAUUGCCAAAACACGAACGACGACAAGCAGGAAGAAUCCGUGCAGAACGGAUACACCAAUAUAAUCAAAGAGCUGGAGCGCCAACUUGUACAUUUGAUGUCAGUGCAGAACCAAUACACCUAUCGAAUCAAAGAGCUGGAGUGCCAACUUGA